AUGGGGUCUAUCAGCGAAUUCUAUCAGCGAGCGAUUCUUGAAUAUGAUGGGGUCUUCAGGCAAUAUGUUUAUCCUAAGACAAAUGGUGCUAGCUCUGGAAGGUCCAUGUCCUGGUCUUUGCUAUCCUCUUUACCUUCAGAUAUUUGCAUGAGCAUCACGGAAGACACGGGAGGUGGGGCUUGUGGAUUCAACAGCUACUGCGUUCUAGGAACAGAUCAGCGGCCGAGAUGUGAGUGCCCACCUGGAUACUCAUUCUUGGAUCCAAGUAAUCAGAUGAAUGGGUGCAAACAGGAUUUUGUUUCACAAGACUGCGAUGGAUUGCAAGAAGCAAAUCUUUUUGGUUUCAGAGAUAUGCCCAACACGGACUGGCCACUCUCAGAUUAUGAAUAUUUCCAGCCAGUUUCUGAGGAUUGGUGCAGACAGACCUGCUUGAAUGAUUGCUUUUGUGCAGUUGCUAUCUUUAGAAACAGUAAUUGUUGGAAGAAGAAAAUUCCUCUCUCAAAUGGGAGAUUGGAUCCAAGUGUUGGAGGAAAAGCUCUGAUCAAAAUAAGGCAAGAAAAUUCUACUUGCAAAUCCGUUGGUGAAGGUUCAAACAAUAACGAUCGCUCAACUUUAAUCCUUAUUGGAUCUCUGCUCCUAAGCAGCUCAGUAUUUUUGAAUUUUCUUCUGCUGAUAGUUACUCUUUUUGUUACUUUGCGUUUCAAUAGCAGAAGAAGAAAGAUGCUUCAACUCUGUCCUGCAAUGCAAGGAAUGAGUUUACGAUAUUUUACUUAUAAAGAGCUAGAAGAAGCGUCAAGUAAUUUCAAAGAAGAACUAGGGAGGGGUGCAUUUUCAACGGUUUAUAAAGGAGUUCUAGAUCUUGGUAAUAAAAACUUGGUGGCAAUUAAAAACCUAGAGAAGGUAGUGACAGAAGGCGAGCAGGAAUUUCAAGCAGAAAUGAAUACAAUUGGAAAGACAAAUCACAAGAAUUUGGUUCAGCUGCUAGGAUUCUGCAAUGAGGGGCAACAUCGACUUCUGGUGUAUGAAUAUAUGAGCAAUGGAUCUUUAGCAGACUACCUCUUUGGAAAUUCAAGGCCUAACUGGCACAAAAGAAAACAAAUUGCUUUCGGAACUGCAAGAGGACUUGUUUGUUUACAUGAGGAGUGUAGCAACCAGAUCAUACACUGUGAUAUCAAGCCUCAAAAUAUCCUUCUAGAUGAAUCCUUUACACAAAGAAUUUCUGACUUUGGAUUCGCAAAACUGGUAAAGACUGACCAGACUCGAACAGUAACUGGAAUAAGAGGAACCAAAGGAUAUGUUGCCCCGGAAUGGUUCAAAAGCAUGCCCAUCACAGCCAAGGUUGAUGUUUACAGCUUUGGCAUUCUGUUGCUAGAGCUCAUUUGCUGUAGGAAGAAUUUUGAGCAAAACAUAGAAGAUGAGCGUCAAAUGGUAUUGGCUGAUUGGGUAUAUGAUUGCUAUGAAGAAAGGAAAUUGAGUCUAGUCGUUGAGAACGAUGAAGAGGCAUUGGAAGACUUUACGAUGUCGGAGAAGUAUUUGAUGAUUUCCAUCUGGUGCAUUCAAGAGGAUCCUUCACUAAGGCCCACAAUGAAGAAAGUCGUACAGAUGCUAGAAGGAGAUGUUGAAGUCCCACUUCCUCCAGGUGCUUCCUCAUUUGUUAGUAAAAUUUACAUGUCUCCCUGUAAAUAAGAAUGUAAUAUAUUUUAGG